CUCGUUUUAAUGUGUUACCGUAUUUUGAGGUUGGUCAUUUUGGUGGUACUUAAGUAUUUUUUGCUGUAAAAAGUUCGAGAACUCACUCGCGGAGAACGCGUUUUGUUGAUUGUCAUUGGAGGAUUUUCCUUAGGUGUCCACAAGAGGGCGCAAUCAGACCAGCGUUGACUUGGCGCAACAAGUUUGUUGCCGAUACAGUACAGUACUUUUUGGGUUUUUUUGCCCAUCCAGCUGAUGACCACGAAAAGUCUGAAGGAAAAUCCCACUUUUUUCCUUCUAUGGUUACGGGCAAACGUGGUUGCAGCCCCCACAUUCCUCCUCCCACAUCGGCGCGGUCCACUUCUCAGUCAUCGCCAAAGUAUGAAGCGUAGACUUGGGAACGGUGGUUUAUAAAAGAAAACGUCGCUUAAAAAAGACGCCCGCCUUCAUGUAGGGGCGUGGCUUGAGGUGAGCAAGCUGCCUUCCUAUUGGCUGCGAGAGUCUCCGGACUCGCACAAGGAGGGACAGUUCGUCCGGCUCCAGCUUGUGUGCCAGUGACGGGACAAGGAUGCGAUUGUAACCUGACAUGAUCACGUCCGUGGACACCUAACGUGAAGGAGAGGAGAGAAGAGAAAAACAAAACAAACUUUGGUUACAGUUUGCUACGUCGGAAAUGAGCGAGAGGAAAGUUGGCGUCGAGCAGUGAGGAGCAAGGGGAGGAGGAGGAGGAGUAGAGACUGCUCACCUGGAGACGACGUCGGAUCUUCGAGAAGGAAACCUCAAGGCGAAACGAUGGCCGAACACGAGAGCCUCGAGUUCGGCAUGGCCGACUUUGUGCUUCUGGAUAACGUGUCCAUGGAGGACUUCAUGGCCAACCUCAAACUCAGGUUCGAGAAGGGCCGAAUCUACAGUUACAUCGGCGAGGUGGUGGUGUCGGUCAACCCUUACCGCGCCAUGAACAUCUACGGCCGGGACGUGGUGGAGCAGUAUAAAGGCCGCGAGCUCUACGAGAGGCCGCCGCACCUCUUCGCUAUCGCUGACGCAGCCUACAAAGCCAUGAAGAGGCGCAACAAAGACACCUGUAUUGUCAUCUCAGGGGAAAGCGGGGCCGGGAAGACGGAAGCCAGCAAGUACAUCAUGCAGUACAUCGCCGCUAUCACCAACCCCAACCAGCGGGCCGAGGUGGAGCGGGUGAAGAACAUGCUGCUCAAGUCCAACUGCGUCCUGGAGGCCUUCGGGAACGCCAAGACCAACCGCAACGACAACUCCAGCCGAUUCGGCAAGUACAUGGACAUCAACUUUGACUUCAAGGGAGACCCCAUCGGCGGCCACAUCAACAACUACCUGCUUGAGAAGUCAAGAGUGAUUUUUCAACAAGAAGGAGAAAGGAGCUUUCACUCCUUCUAUCAGUUGCUGAGAGGAGCUCCAGAUGCUCUGCUGCGCUCUCUGCACGUACAAAGGGACCCCAAAAGCUACAACUACAUCAAAGUGGGCGGCCAGCUCAAGUCGUCCAUCAACGACGGCGCCGAUUUCAAAGCCGUGGCCGACGCCAUGAAAGUGAUCGGCUUCAUGGGAGAUGAGGUCCUAACGGUUUACAAGAUCCUGGCCACGAUCUUACACCUGGGAAACUUGACGUUUGGCGUCGACGGUGACGUGACGUUGAUCGAAACCACCAAACUGGUAUCGGUGAUGGCCGAGCUGCUGUCCACCAAGCAGGACAACGUGGAGAAGGCGCUGCUGUUCCGCACGGUGGCCACGGGCCGCGACGUCAUCGAGAAGCAGCACACGGCGCAAGAGGCCGGCUACGGGCGCGACGCCCUCGCUAAGGCCAUGUACGAGCGACUCUUCUGUUGGAUUGUGGGGCGCAUCAACGACAUCAUUGAGGUGAAAAACUAUGACGCCAGGGUCCACGGGAAGAACACGGUCAUCGGGGUUCUGGAUAUUUACGGCUUUGAGAUUUUCCAGAACAACAGCUUUGAGCAAUUCUGCAUCAACUAUUGCAACGAGAAACUACAGCAGCUCUUCAUCCAGCUGGUGUUGAAGCAGGAGCAGGAGGAGUACCAGCGCGAAGGCAUCCCGUGGAAACACAUCGACUACUUCAACAAUCAGAUCAUUGUGGACCUGGUGGAGCAGCAGCACAAGGGCAUCAUCUCCGUGCUGGACGAAGCCUGCAUGAACGUGGGCAAAGUCACAGACGAGCUCUUCCUGCAGGGACUCAAUGGCAAGCUGGCCAAGCACGCCCAUUACACCAGCCGCAAGCUUUCACCGACCGACAAGAGUUUGGAGUUUGACCGAGACUUUCGCAUCCGACACUACGCUGGAGAUGUGGUCUACUCUGUGGUGGGUUUCAUCGAUAAGAACAAAGACACUCUGUUUCAGGACUUCAAAAGGCUGCUCUACAACAGUUCCAACCCUGUGCUGAAGGCCAUGUGGCCCGAGGGCAAGCUGAGCAUCACAGAGGUCACCAAGCGGCCGCUCACCGCCGCCACGCUCUUCAAAAACUCCAUGAUCUCCUUGGUGGAGAACCUGGCGAGCAAGGAGCCCUACUACGUGCGCUGCAUCAAGCCCAACGACGUCAAGUCGCCGCUGCUCUUCGAGCACGAGCGUUGCCGCCACCAGGUGGAGUACCUGGGCCUACUGGAGAACGUACGAGUGCGCCGCGCCGGCUUCGCCUACCGACAGACGUACCCGAGAUUCCUGCAGAGGUACAAAAUGAUCUCGGAGUUCACGUGGCCCAACCACGACCUUCCCUCGGACAAGGAGGCUGUCAAGAGGCUCCUGCAGGGCUGCCGCUUUGACGACGACGUGGCCUACGGGAAGACCAAAGUGUUUGUGCGCACGCCGCGCACGCUUUUUAGCCUGGAGGAGCAGCGCUCCGAGAUGCUCCAGAGGAUCGUCGUCUUCCUGCAGAAGGUGUGGAGGGGGACCAUCGCCCGCAUCCGGUACCGGCGCAUGCGGGCCGCCCUGGUCAUCCUGCAGGCCUACCGCCACUACAAGGUCAAGUCGUACAUCCACGAGCUGAACCGCCGCUUCUGCAACGUGCGCUCCAUGAAGGACCGCGGCCGCCACGUCAAGUGGCCCACGCCGCCCAAAGUGCUGCGCAAGUUUGAGGAUUCGCUCAGGAGCAUCUACAACAGGUGGUGGGCAUGGACGCUAAUCAAAGGCCUGAAUGCAGAGGAGAUUCUGCAGGUGAGAGCCAAGGUGGCCUGCCUGGAGGCCCUCAAGGGGCACAGGGUCGACCUGGGACUACAGCGCGCCUGGGAAGGAAACUACCUGAAGCGAGACAGCCCCGACAGCACGGCGUCCUUCACGUUGGUCUCCAGCGAGUUGCAGCGCAGAGACAAAUUCAUGCGGGUCUUGUUUGCGUGCAACGUACGCAAGAUCAACCACUUCCACAAGGCGGAGGACCGAGUUGUGCUCAUCACCGACCGCCACUUGUAUAAAAUGGACCCUCUCAAGCAGUACAAACCCAUGAAGAGCAUCCCGCUUUACAACGUGACGGGCAUGAGCGUGUCUCCGGGCAAGGACCAGCUGGUGGUUUUCCAUACCAAGGACAGCCGGGACCUGGUGGUGUGCCUGCAGGGCCUGGUGCCCGCCAACGAGAGCCGCAUCGGUGAGCUGGUCGGCGCCCUCCUCAGCCACUUCAAGAGCGAGCGCAGGAAGCUGCAGGUGAACGUCAACAGUCCCAUCCACUGCAGCAUGAAAGGCCGGAAGUGCACGGUGGUGGUGGAGCCCAAGAUCAACCAAUCGCAGCCCGACUUCACCAAGAGCCGCGCCGGCUACGUGCUGGCCGUCCCCGCCAACUGAAGGGCGCUGAGUGGCGGGCGGCGGCAACGACCACGACGAUGCCCUCAGCAGACCGGAAAGGUGAUGGACUGCUUUGUCUGUUCUGGGCGGGGUUUUACUGAAUCGUCCAAUCGCAGCGUUAAAAAGUUCGCACUGCUGGAUCAUCCACCAAAGUGAUGUUCUCACCCCCCACCUCCGCUUUUUUUUUUUUUUUUUUUGCUUUGUGCAAUAUUGUUCUCUUUUUGUUGUCAAUCCAAGAAUAAGUUGAAUAACUUUUAUGUUUGUGAAGGAUUUUAAAAAAUGUUAAUUAUUAAUGGUCGUCCAUGCCAAAGGUGUUUCUUGACUUUUUAGUUGGGCUGUGUUGACCACGCCCGCAAUUUAAUUAAAUUAAUUUAAUGUGACUUUUCCAUCCCGGCAAAAAAUACGUCUGUUCAUAAAGAUUACGAGGGGACUUCGCACCCUAAAAGUUCUGCUCUGAAAUGUCGCAUAAACCCGACAAGCCAAACAGUAUAAUUAUUAUUAUUUUUUUUUUCAUAAAUGGAUGGAUAAAAUGAAUACACGCGAGUGCGCUGUAAUGAAGGGAACCUCAGUCGAAUCAAAUGUUUUUUAUGUCAGUCCGCGUUAGCCGGCAUGCUAUCAGAUGCCAAUGGAUUUAGGACCUAGAGGAGCCGCACACACAGACACACCCGUCAUGUUGUGUGACAAAGUGAAGUGUGAGCCAAAGGUCGUUGUGGUUUGUGUCCAGCGGCGCGGUGCCCAAGCGGAGAGUACGUGCGCUCGAGUCCCUGAGCCGCUCGUUAGCCCGAUAUUCCGUGCUCGGCCUCGGGAGCAACUUGCACACAGUCACGCCAAGAAGGGGAAGAGGAGGACUUCCUUCCUCAUUAGUUCCUUUCUCCCUUCCUAUUCUCCUGAUGCCCUCGUUUGCUUCUUACUUCAUUCUGCCCCUCCCUAAAAGUCUCAAAAUCGGAGCGGCGACACGCACACAUUCCAAGUGGACUAUUAUUGUCGGGUUCCGAAAGACAAAAGGUACCUAAAAAUUGGGUGAUAUCUGCCAACUGUACUCCAUUACCAAACAAACUGGACUGUUUGUGUGUUGGCUGUAUGCCUUCAAGGGGCGUGGCCUUGCCAGUGACAUCAGAUUGGCCCGUUAGUCUGAGUCUGGGCGUUGAGUUGUGGCCAGCAGCAGCAUCCCCGUGUGGGUGGGGCUCUCCUUGCCCACAUGGGCGGGCAUCACUUCAAUUCUCCAUUUUAUUUUUUGCAUCACUCCGGUCCAGCUAAAGUGACUCAAAAACUCCCAAGCCGGGACGCUUGUAAGUCAAGGUGCCACUGGAACCGUAACAAGAUGUGCACUUGAAAUGACUCCCGUGUUGCAUGUGUGCCAAGUACCCGUCGUUGGUUUUCCAUCGCGUGUGCGCCAAAAUUCCGUCAUUCCCCGUUAUUUAUUUGGUGGUAUUUACAUGCAGUCACAUGUGCCUCAUUUGAUAUCCUUUCUGUAUUUGUCAUAUUCUCAUCGCAAUAAAUAAACCGUACAUGCAGUACUUUA